ACCGGUGGGGAUGCCGCGAUGCCUCUGCUGGUCUCUGCUGUGGCUCGGGCUGCUGCUGGUCCGCGGCUCCCUGGGGCAGAGCCAGGUGAGCAGAGCCAGGAAACUGUGCGGGAGGCACCUGCUGCAGGAGCUGGUGGAGCUCUGUGGCACUGCCAGCUGGAGCCAGGCGGCCGAGGAGGACACCCCUUUGACGCGGCUGCUUUCCCAGGCCAUGAAGGUUGAAUCCUUCAUCCCCGACCGGCAGGAAAGCUCCCAGACCACUUUCCCCAGCUGGGGGAGAGGCGCAAACCCAGUCUCUAUUUCUGCAUCUCAGGAAGAAGCAAUAAACAAUUUGUUGAUGCAAUCACUACCUGAGUAUCGGUCUAAAAAGGCCAACAUGCUACUUGACGAGACAAGUGAAGUUUCCUCAUCACAAGAUUUUGAUCCAUAUAUGCAUGAGGUUGUAGAAUUUCAGAAGAAAAAUAAAAACAAAAUUAAAACCUUAAGCAGUUUGUUUUGGGGACAUCAUCCUCAAAGAAAACGCAGAGGAUACUCAGAAAAGUGUUGUCUUAGAGGUUGUACAAAAGAAGAACUCCUUAUCGCAUGCCUUCCAUAUAUUAAUGAUAAAAAAUUACAGACUGCAGAACCAUCAUUUGUGACUAGGAUAUUGUAAACAUUUAUAGUAAUUAUGGUAAUCAAUAAAAACUUAAUAUAUUUUA